AAAGCUUAACCGCCUUAUUUGUAUUUUAAGUAUUCGCUUCUCUUUGAUGUGCCGCUAUUACUUUUGAGGAGUAGUUCAAAAGGCAGUUAGUUUGUUUUGCCAUUUACAUUCUAGUUUGAUAUCAACACGACGUAUUCGUUUACGCUUGCAGAUGCGCUUUGUUAAUGGAACGAUUCGAUGAAAUUGUAAGCUUGUUAAAUACAACGAGAUGGAAGUUGUGCUCUGAAAAUUGUGUUGUUACUUGAAAUAUCUCAACGAGUAAAGCAAAGGUUUUGAAAAAAAAAGUCUUACUAACAGUAAAAUACUCUUCCAUCGGCUGAUAUCAUGGCGUACUUUACGAUAUUAAUUAGCACUUUGUAUAUUUUUCUUCACGUUUUUGGAUUAUCAAAUUUUACAGAUUGUGUGGUUGUUGACGAUGACACCUCGUCAAACGUACUUAUUCCACAUGCAUCGAGGAAUACACAGGACUAUUGGAUUUCCCAGGCCGUUGAAUUUAUUUACCAGCUUGACUGUACACAAAACAGCCAAUUCAUUACCAAGUCAUCGUGCUUAGCACUAACUAAAACAAGUAGAGAAUCAAUAAAUAUUUAUAUUGCGGCGCCCACAAGGAUUGGCGCGAGAUCGGAGAGAAAAUAUAACACAGUUUUGCCGGACAGCUCAUUGAGAAGAAGUGGGUCACAUGAUGCUGUUAUUGCGAUUGACCCCUUCCCGGAGGCCAAUUUUGGUCACCUUGUUCUUGUAUUUUACGUGGAUAGAAAAGUGGAAUCGUGCAGAGGGAAACUUGAAAAAUCAAUGGGAGGUAAAGAGUGCCUACAAGUAGCAGUAAAACAUAGGUGCAGAAAUAGGUUAAAAACGUCAUCGAAACGUCAUUGUGAGAUAAACAUGCUGCCUCUGGUAUACGAUGAUGGUGACAGCUCGUAUGAACAGCAGCUAAAAUGCAUCGAUUCUUCGUCUUACGCAAGGUGCCCGAACUUCAGGACUGGUGUCAGUAACUUAACGAACAAUUGUGAAUUGGAAACGAACACGAAACGAUGCCAAAACCAAAAGGUGAAUUUCGGACGUCGAUGUAAACUACACGAAACGUGUGAUUAUGGUGUAAUGAUAUCUGGCGGUUGGAACAGACAGGCUAGUCUUAGGCGACACGCCGACAACAUAAGAAGUAUGUACGCAAUGUUACGAGAUCAGGGGUUCAAGAAGCACAACAUCAAAAUGUUCUUUGCGGAUAAUACUGACAUUGAACUCUAUGAGACAAGCAGUCAGCACGUUGACAACCGUUUCCCAGCAACGCAAAAGAACGCAAUUCGGAACCACCUGAGUGGACUUUGCAGCGAAGGGUGUAACGCCGACUCGUUGAUCAUCUACCUAAACAGCCCGGCUUUACCUGACGGGAGGAGUCUUUUGUGGGAUAGCGAUGGAAAUGGCCAGAUGGACGCGAGUGAGAUGCUAAGUGUCAGGGAACUUCUGGAGGAUAUUGCCAACUGCCAAGCAGCUCAUGUCUACAUGAUAAUAGAUCAAAGUUAUUCCGGAAUAUUUGCCGAUGAAAUAAGAAAAUCAAAUGAUCAUGAUAAUGUGGUCGUAUUCACCAGUGGAAAUAAAACCGAAUAUUCAUGGAGGAGCGAUCUUACGGACAUGUGGUCCCAUAGCAACCACACGCAACUUUGCGUAGAUGAGGUUUAUGAGACGUACUCGGAUUCGUUUACCGAUUCGACGCCGAGAAUGUUAGAAGGAUCGAUGAAUGCCGCUAACACAACCGUAUUUGGAGGCAAGCCAUGUUAUUUGUUGCCAUAUAUGACGAACAAAGAAAUUCGCUCCUCAUUCAUGGGAUGUAAAUAUAACCCGUUUGGAAGGCACAAGAUUUAAAAUUACCCCUGAAACAAAUUAUGUCAAUAAUAACCAAUCUCAUUAUUAAGGAUUCGCAACAGCAUAUUCGUUCGUCAACAAUGUUCGUCCACAAACAGGUCAAACCGUCAAGGUUGUUUUCAGGAAGAAAAGGAUGUUAAACAAACAUGAAGAAAUUAACUAUGUACUGUUUGACAUUUUCUAAAUGCAAACUCACGUAUGUAUGAUAAUCUAGGCCCUAUCUAUACAAAGGAAUUCUACGUAAGGCGGUCUCAACAAGUUGAUGAUGUACAGUAGGCGGGGGCCUAGUAGGCCGCUACGAUGAGCGUAGGUUGGUCUAAUGACGAAACGUUGCUACGCACUGAAUCACACGUCAAUUAAAGUUCGUGAUCGCAGAUUUAUACAUUUUCAACAGGCAUAGGCUAUAUGGAUAAUUGCGGGCUCGAACAUAGCUAUGUCGUCAGCUCGUGAGGUGGUCAUUAAUGGUGCUCUUUCUAUUCUUUACGUGGUUGAUAGUUGUCUUGUUAACGAGAGACGUGCGUGAAAUGAUGGACGUGUACGUCCGCAAAAUGCUCGGAAGGCACAUAUACUGUGACUGAGAAUGCAUAAAAUGCUCGACUUGGUGUAAAAAUAUGUCUAAUUAAAAAAAAACCGAUAUAUGCAUCAAAUGUUAUAAAUAAUGUCGAAAACAUUGUAAAUAUUGUAAUAAUGUGAAAAAUAAAAUAAAGUUUAUAUUAUUAUCCGAAAA